AUGCCUAGGGAAAUCAUCACGAUUCAAGCCGGCCAAUGCGGCAACAACGUUGGUAGUCAAUUUUGGCAACAACUUUGUCUGGAGCAUGGUAUCAGCCAAGACGGCAAUCUCGAAGAGUUUGCGACCGAAGGCGGCGAUCGUAAAGAUGUGUUUUUCUACCAGAGUGACGAUACCCGAUACAUUCCUCGAGCCAUAUUGCUGGAUUUAGAACCACGAGUCCUCCAUGCGAUUCAAUCUGGUCCUUACCGCAACAUCUACAACCCCGAGAACUUCUUUAUCGGACAGAAUGGAGUCGGCGCAGGAAAUAACUGGGGUGCGGGAUAUGCUGCUGGUGAAGGUGUUCAAGAAGAGAUAUUCGACAUGAUUGAUCGAGAAGCAGAUGGCAGUGACUCGCUCGAGGGUUUCAUGCUACUACACUCGAUUGCUGGUGGAACCGGUUCAGGCUUGGGAAGUUAUCUCUUGGAGCGGAUGAACGAUCGAUUUCCCAAGAAACUCAUUCAGACCUACUCCGUGUUUCCAGACAUGCAAACAACGGACGUCGUGGUUAACCCAUACAACAGUCUACUCUCCAUGCGACGGCUGACGCAGGAUGCGGACUCGGUGGUGGUACUUGACAAUGGCGCCCUGUCUCGCAUCGUUGCAGAUCGACUUCACAUGAGGCCAGGUUCGAUUGACGACACAACGAAUUUUGAUCAGACCAACCAACUGGUCUCGACGGUCAUGUCCGCAUCCACAGCCACACUCCGCUACCCCGGUUACAUGCACAACGAUCUCGCUGGGAUCAUUGCCUCGCUCAUCCCCACGCCCCGCUGCCAUUUCUUGCUCACCUCAUACACCCCUUUCACCGGCGACAACAUCGAACAGGCCAAGACGGUGCGCAAGACCACCGUGCUCGACGUGAUGCGUCGUCUCUUGCAACCGAAGAACCGCAUGGUCUCCAUGACCCCAAGCAAAUCCAGCUGCUACAUCAGUAUCCUGAACAUGAUCCAGGGUGAGGCCGACCCCACCGACGUGCACAAGUCCCUGUUACGUAUCCGUGAGCGUCGCCUCGCGUCCUUUAUCCCCUGGGGUCCCGCCAGCAUUCAGGUUGCCCUAACCAAAAAAUCGCCAUACUUGCAACAUUCGCACCGAGUGAGCGGCCUGAUGCUCGCCAAUCAUACUUCGGUGGCGACUCUCUUCAAGCGCAUCAUUCAACAAUACGAUCGCCUGCGCAAGCGAAAUGCUUUCCUGGAGCCGUACAGGAAAGAGGCUCCGUUCGCCGACGGAUUCGGGGAAUUCGACGAGGCCAGGGCCGUGGUGAUGGAUCUCGUCGCCGAGUACGAAGCGGCAGAACGUGAGGAUUAUCUCGAUCCAGGUGCUGGUGCCGAAAAAGAAAUGGGGGUCUAA